CCUAAUUCUUUUCACGUUCCCUGGGGAAUUUUUCUUCCAGAAACUGCUGUAACAGUGCCAGAAAAAAACCUUCUGGCAAAACGUGUCCAACCGGAAACCGGGACGAAACUAAAACUCUCAGUCUGAUAUGCGUCGAUUAUUUCCCCACUUUUCUACGUUGUUACAUGUUACGACCUUUAUAACCCAAAUGUCAAUGCUUUUUCAUGUAACUGCUAAACGCUUUGAACUUAACUGUGCGCACGUGUUCGUCUGAACGACGGCUUUGACGUAAUUUCCGGGCGCGAGCGCGAACAAUUUACGUUUACAAUCGUCGCCUGGCAACUGUAGAGCAAUUUAUAUACCGGCUUCCCGCAGACAUUUCAAAUGAAAGUUUUGAACAUUUUACAGUUCACAACAAAUUGGAUUUCUUUAAGGAACGAGCAGCUCGCCGGAAUACUGAGAAAUCGGAAUUAGUGACGUGGUGUAACAUAAAAACGCUUGGAAUUUUGACUGCAAUUUUAUACCGUGAUCGAUAUUGGAAGGGAAACCCUUUGUUGUGGAAGACUAAGUCGUCUUGCACCCUUCGGCGGAACACCAAAAUACAACUCCGUAAGAUUUGUGACAAUAAUAACAAUGAACUUCAACAACCGGUGAAGAGCUACUAGAAGUGGCUUUACGGUAUGGGUUGCGGAGCCUCUAAAGUUACACCACAGAACGGCGAAGAAGCGAAACCUUUACACGCCAAUGGUAACAAAAUCGAACACGACUCGAGAUCAAAUGGCCACGCCAACGGCAGCAUUACUGCUGCAAAAGCGAACGGUUCAGGAGAGUUAAACAACAAUCAAAACAGCACUCGACUGAAUGGAAACAUAAAUGUAAAGCCACAGGGAAACGGCGAUGCUGUUAAUUCGAUUUCAAAUCGAGAAGUCUUUGACGAACAAGAUAUAAAAGAAUCACAGCAAUCUCCGACACAAGGAGAAAACCAAACUUCUCAGCCACAGUCACCAGUUUCAAAAUCAGUGGCUUUUGAUAUUGUUCUUGGACGAAGUGAUUCUGAGAAACCGUCUCCAUUGAUGCCAAACAAACCACCACGCAGGCUUAAGAAAAUUGAGAGUGCGCCAACUUUGACGAGAGAAGCCUUAGAACAAAAGCAAGCAGCAGCUGAUGAAAACAGACAAAAGGAGCUGGAAAAGAAAGUCAAAGUAGUGUCUAAAAGGCGAUCAGAGCUUCUUAUUGCAAGAGAGAUGGACAAAGCACAGCAGCAAAAGGCAGAAUUAGAGGGAAAGCUAUCUGCAUCAGAAAGGAAGAGAGAAAAAGCUCAGGCUGAAAUCAUUGCAAAACAAAGGCGCAGAGAAGAAAAGGCAAAAAGGGUGCGCAACAAAGCUAAGCAGAUCCAGGAUGGUGAUGAUGUUGUUGACUUUGCUGUGGAUCGCGAUGAGACAUACAAUGCAGAUGAAGACGAGUCAUGGGAUGUUGACACCCCUAUGAACCCCAGUAUAGGAAGCAAUGAUGAGAACAAUGAUGGGAGACUUGGUGACAGAGAACAAGCCGCAUCUCAGCAACAGAACAAGGAACCAACAACACAUGAGCAAGAACAAGUUAAUGACGUGCAUGAUUUCUUUGAUUCAUGACACUAACAUGCGUAGAAAAUGAAUCAUAAAAUCUGCAGGCAUACUGUGCAGUUAAAUUAUUCUUUCAAAAUUGACAUUGUACAUUUAACGGUUAUCAUAAAAAUUAAUGUAAGUAUAUUUGUAUGACAAAUUCGUCCAAGAUAUGUGUAACAUGAAAAAACAAUUCAUGUGAUAGAUUUUGGCAUGGAGAAAGCAUUUCAGUUGUGAAUAUGCCUUGUAUUAUUUAAAUAUUGAAUUUAUACAUACCUCUAUUUUUGUAAUAAGCAAAAAGGCUAGAUUAUAUUUUUAUUUAAAUCCCUCUAACUUUUUUUCAAUUCAUUACUAAGUUUCAGCUAGCUUUCAGCCAUUUUACUAUUGAUUAUUUUUCAAUUUCUGAUCCUGAAGUAGUAGACUAAUCAGUAAAAUAAUGUCUGUACAGAGAAAAUUUUUGAAUUAAAUUAUGCUACAGAAACAUUGUUGAGUUCUUGAUUUAAACAUAUUAGCACAUGCCAGUAAAUUGGCUUUUGUGCAAAUUGGAGGAAAAUUACUUAAAAUUUGUCAUGAUGCAAUAAAGCAAAAUAAUUGGAGGUUUAUUUACGUUGUUUUCAUACUUCUUAAUACAUUCAUUUGUUGAGGAAUUUGAUGAAGUUUUAUAGUAAAACAACAAUCAUUAAGAAAAGGCAUUUGUUCUGAGGUGUGACUAUUUCAACUUUAAAAGAGAGAAAAACCAAACAGUAAUGUCAAUAUUUAUUAGUGAUAUUUGUAAACAGAUUUAUUUUUUUUUAUCACUGAAACAGAGUUGUAAUAGUUCAUUGAAAUAUCAUCCUUUUGACAAACUGAUGAUUGUGUCAUAUAAAGUAAUUAAGUCUGUACAGGAAUGGAUAGAAGUAAUAAUUAAAACAAGCUCCUUUCACACAGUGAA